CGCCGCACGAAUCUCUUCGUGAAAGCAGCCUCGUCGCUGUCGCCCUUUUCCUCGCCCUUGCCCUCGCCGCCGCCGCCGCCGUCCUCUGCACUCCGCAGCAUCCCUUCUCCAACCACCCGAAGGAACCUCUCUUCUCAUGGCGGCAGAGGAGGAGGGAGCCGGCGGGAGCACCGUCGCGCGGAUCUUCGUGGGCGGGCUGGCGGAGGGUGUGACCGCGGCCGACCUGGGGGGCGUGUUCGGCUCCCUUGGCCGCGUCGCCGGCGUCCAGUUCGUGCGCAGCAGCGGCCGCUGCUUCGCCUACGUCGACUUCCACUGCCCCUCCGACAAGGCCCUCGCCAAGCUCUUCUCCACCUACAAUGGGUGUAAAUGGAAAGGAGGGAAGCUUAAACUGGAGAAGGCCAAGGAGCACUACCUCGUUCGCCUGAAGCGAGAGUGGGAGCAGGAAGCGGCGGCAGCUCAGGAAAUGGCAGUAAAAAACAAUGUGGAGAAGCAGGAGGAGAAGCCAAAGCCGGAUAAGGAUGCUUUGGACAGUAAGGUUAACAUCUACUUCCCGAAAUUGAGGAAGCUGAAGGCUUUGCCUUUUAAAGGCUGUGGAAAGCACAAAUACAGUUUCAGAAACAUCGAAGUCCCUUCUUACCCAAUUCAUUUCUGUGACUGUGAGGAGCACUGUGGACCUCCCGAGAAAGCUAAUGAUGAAUACGCUGCUGUUCUUAAUCGUGUUGCAUAUGAGAAGGAGCGCACCAUAAUGAAUUCUGUGAUGAGCAAGCUCUUAGAGAAGGACAAUGAGCAUUUUGAUUCGUUGGAAAUUCAGAAACAUGAUGUUGAUGUUAACACCACGGACACGGAACCUUCUGAUUCUGAGAAUGACUUGCCAAUUGAUGAAACUGAAGAGACUCCUGAAGAAGCUUUGGAUGACCUGCAAAUGGAAGAAGCAGAAGACCCUUCUGAGGAAGAAUUGGAUGAUGACCUUGUGAUCAACAUUGUUCCGCGCAAGGCUAAGAACUCAGCUGUCGAGUUAAAUAGUGGAAAACAGGUUGUGAGUAAGUUUCAGGAUGAGCAGUUCAGAAAACGUCAGCAGCUUGAAGAGACUUUCCAACAGAAGAAGAGACAGAAAUCUGAGGAUUUAUCUGAACCUAGAAAUAAGAAACAGUCUACUUCACUGAUUUCAGGUAGGACUACAGAGAAGAAGUCUUUGCCUGCUAUAUCAGGAGCCAACCAAAAUGAACAAAAAACUCCUCUUUUUUCUGGAAAAGGAACACAUGGGGAUAGAGAUACAAGUUCUUCUCGUCUUCAAGGUGUUGAGGCUCUAACAGGUUCUUCUACCAAUAAUGAAGGUUCACAAAAUGUGAUUGCUUCUGAACCUAAAAAAGGUUCCAUAUGGACCCAAAAAUCUGCCUGGAGAGAUCUCGUUGGGGGCAUGGGAGGUGCAUCUUUCAGUCUAUCACAAGUACUGCCAAACACCAAUCCAGCUCCACCAGAACCUCAAAAUGUUACCGAGAGCUCUGUUUCGCACACCGAAUCCAGGAGGGAAGUGAAAUUGGGUGUGAAAUCUUUGAAAUCACUGGGAGCUACAACUGAGCACUCGCUUGAGCAGAAGUUGCUGAGUUCCAUGGGAAUGCCAUCUACUGGAACUAAAGUUGGGUCAGCUGUCCAUGACACUGGAGAGCACGAUGAGAAGAACAAAGUAGAAGAAGUACACGAGGAGAACAACAAGGCAGAACAAGUUCGCGUGGUUCCAAAGAUUACCAUCAGCGAAGUCUGCCCGUUCAUGAGAAACCGGGAGUCAGAGCAGCAAUGGUCAAAGGCUAAAAAGGUUCUAACCGGAUUCAUCAAGAAGGGCGACGAGAAGACCGGACACAACAACGCCAGGAAAGGAAAACCACCAUCAAGGAGGAGAUAGCCAUCCUGUCUUGCCAAGCUACGAUGUACUACCUUCAAGGCCUCAGAAAACGAAGGCCGCUCUUCGAUCCGAACCUCAAUUCUUGCAAAUUUUGUUUUAGAAUCACACUUAUGUUUGAAGCCUAUGGACGAAAUAUCAAACCAUGGCUCCUUGUAACAUUGUUCCGAGAACUUCAGCAAUUGACUGUAUCCUAGAGAGCCCUCUAAAACUGAGCACCUUUUUUAUCAGCUUUUUUUCUCUUCUAAUAAUCUUGCAAUGCUUUUAA